AUGAGCAAGCCAAAAACAGCAGUUCCAAGUCUCUCUCCAAGUAAGGAGAUGAUGGAAUUGAAAUCAUUAAAGUGCCAGCGAACUGUUGCGAAAAAUAGUGUAGUGCGCAUAAAAAUGGGUCUCCUCGAAAAAACAAUGUCGUUAGAUCCAAUUGAAUUGGAGUGUCGACUGGACAUUUUGAACUCUCAUAGCGAUAAGCUUAUGAAGUGUCAUUCGAAAAUUGAAGAAAUCGACGAGGAAGACAUAGCGCGUGGGGAGUUAGAGGACCUAAUAGUGGAAACUAAGUCCGUUAUAAAAUCUAUUCUGGCGAGAAAUAAAUCGUCAAUAGCCGAAACAUCUUUUGUUGCAUCUCACAGCUCGCGACUACCGGAAAUGUCGCUAUCUAAAUUUAAAGGGGAAUAUUCAGAAUUUAAAAAUUUUAUGAGUUUGUUCGAAAGUUUAGUGCACAACGAUCCUAUAAUCCCAGACAUUGAGAAAUUUAAUCACUUGAUUAACUGUCUGUCUCGUGAAGCUUUGGGAGCGGUAAAGGCCCUCCAAAUGUCGGACGAAAAUUAUUCGAAGGCGUUUAUGACAAUAAAAGUUUAUGACAAUAAAUGCUAA